GCGGGUGAAGACGAGAGCGGUAUCAUCAUCAACAGCAUCGACCAGCCUUUCAGAAGGACGGAAACGGUAUCCGGCAUCAUUAGAGACCUGGUAGAGUCUAUCUUCGAGCACUCUAGUCUCAUACGGCAUCGUACGUCCCUUGGCUUCAAACGAUAUCUCAUCUCAGCAUAAUUCAACCUGAAAGGUUCUGGAUCAACUCGGUUGCCUAACCCCUGGUAGCAUGGCCAACCGAGCGACAAGGUCAACGAGGGAUCUCGCAAACGAGAAUGGCUCCCCUGAAGCCAGUCCGUCUUUCGAUGGAUCCCUAGGAAGGAAAAGAAAGCUCGACGAAUCACCUUCGGGUGGACAACCUGCCACUCAGGAGCUUGUCAACCAAGUCAUCGCGAAUCUCACCAUGCCGAAGCGCCCUGUAUCAGUAGCGACUGAAUUUUCGAACGAACGCAAUGCAUCGACGCACACCACUGGUAUCCAGGCUUACGCUAAGCUUGCGGGAGCGACAUGGACCUACUACGUGCAAGCACUGAAGAUCACUAUCGGUCGCGAGCCUGAUCGAAGUGCACCAAGUGACAUCAAGCUGGAUCCGGAUUACCAUGUCGAUAUCGAUCUGGGACCGGCGAAGGUUGUCAGUAGGAAACAUGCUACGAUAGGGUACGAUAUGCAGAGAAGAGUCUGGGAGUGUGUGGUGCAUGGAAGGAACGGAUUGAAGAUCGACGGCAAGAUGUACAAAGAGACGAAGCAAAUCAUGUUGAACAGCGGGAACAUCCUCGAGAUUGGUGGCGUACAGAUGAUGUUUGUCCUUCCGGAUCAGACGCCGGUACUUGCCUCGCAACAAACUAUGCUUAGCGGAUUUAUAGAGGGCGAGGACGAAGACGAAGCGCGGAAAAGACUGCGAACGUCUAUGUCUCCUCGCAAGGCUGCUCAGGCCAUUCCUCAAACCUCGACGGCUUACCCUAAGGGAGUUACCAUUGUCCAAAAGACGCACAUCCCUGGUAUCCCAGAUUCCCACCUGUCGCCAGACUUUGGCGAUGAAGAUCUGUCUCUGGACUCGGCAAAGGACAUCAAGCCGCCUUACAGCUACGCAACCAUGAUCGCUCAGGCUAUCAUGUCAUCGGACGAAGGAAAGAUGACUCUAUCGAACAUCUACGCCUGGAUCGCCAACAAGUACGCCUACUAUCGUCAUGCCAAGAGCGGCUGGCAGAACUCCAUCCGCCACAACCUCUCUCUCAACAAAGCUUUCCAGAAAGUGCCACGGAGAACGGAUGAGCCUGGAAAGGGUAUGAAGUGGCAGGUUGAGCCCCAGUUCAUUGAGGACUUCCAGAACAAGCUCUUCAAGGGUCGCCAGCUCGGAGGUCAUCACCGGAAGAUGAAGCCCGAUGGAAACCCGAUCAUGACUGCUCAACCCGUGGUGCAAAACGUACCACCAGCACAUGGACAGGCGCAGAUGCAGUAUCACAUGCAACAAGACCUCAACGGCCUUCCACCGCAAGCGCAAACUCCUGUCCGUCAUGCUCAAUCAUACCACCCGCAAACGCCCCAGCAGCUCCAGUUCGCGCCUCCCUAUGGUCACCCGAUGAUGAACCCCAACGGAGAUGGAACCUUCGUGGAAAACGUUGGUGAGUAUGCGCAUGAUCCUCAGCUGCGUUACGGUGUCCCACCGAAUGGUGUUCCCGGUACGCCUCCAGGAGCAAACAUGUACCAGCCUGUCCGACCACUCGACGCGUACACUCCAGACCGCGGAGGUGCAGCAAACGCUGCUCGCAACCUUGCUGUUAACGGGCAGUACAUGGGUGGUGCGAUGCCCCCUCAAGGCCAGCCGCCUAUGCAACCAGGACAACAGUUCUACCCCACUAGUUCGCCCGCUCCGUUCUGGAGAUACAUGCCUCCAGAAUUCCAGCAACAACAGCCUCCACCUCAGUUGCAGUUCCAGUACUCUAAUCCGCCAAGCCCGGCUGGCCCGGUGCAUACGGAGAGGAAUGGAAGUUUGGGUGGUGCGCAGAUGUUCUUGCAAGGGUUGGAGCACGCGGCGUUGGGUAGUGCUCUUCAAAGCACCGCGAGUGGUGAACAACAUGCCAGUUCUGGCUCUAAUGCUUCUAAUGCGAAUGGUGAGGAAGCUGCUGUUGGUUCUGUCAGCCCACCUGUGGAGAACGCUGAACAUGCUCAUGCUCAUGCGAAUGGCCAUGAGGCUAGCCAAGGGGUACCCGUCCCCGUAUCGAAUGGCGUUCAGGAUGUCGAGGCGGGUGAUUUGGGCGUGGAGGAUUUGCAGGGGGUUGACCUUGCUAGUGGUGGGUUCCAGAAAAUCUCGAGGUGGAGGGAGGGACUUGGGAAUGGGGCGAAUGUGAACGGCGCAUUCAAUGAGGUGAAUGGUGCUGGGCGGAAUGAGACGGAAGCUGCGAAUGGUGCCAAUGAAUCUGGAACUGCUGGUGCAAGCGUCGGCGUUGGAGCCUGAUGAACCAAAGGAUGUACGAAAACGCAUACACGUACGCAUUGUAUUUUUUUGUUCUUUUUUCUCAUCUCGAGCUGGCGCAGGGUU